AUGCUGCCUGCAACUGCCGGCCACCGGUGGAGGAGCAGGUUCCUCAUGAGGUGGCAGGAGGCUUGCCUGCUCGGCUGCUGGCUGUCGCUGUGUGCUGCAGAGUCCUUCUUUGCUUGCCCUUCCUCCUGCAAGUGUAACAGCGGUAACCUGGAAGUGGACUGUAGUGGCUUGGGCCUCUCCUCCAUCCCCUCAGACAUCCCCCCAAACACCAGGACCUUCCUCUUUCUCAACAACAAACUCAGCAUCCUGCCGGGACCGGUGUUUUCCAACCUCUCUGCCCUGCAGAGGUUGGACCUAUCCAACAACUUCUUGGACCAGCUCCCUCAGAACAUCUUCAGCGACCUGGGGAACCUGACGGAGCUGCAGCUGAGGAACAACAGCAUCCGGGCCUUGGACAAGGACCUGCUACAGCACACGGCCCUGCUGCGCCAGCUGGAUCUCUCUAUCAACGGCUUGGCCCAGAUACCCUCGGGCCUCUUCGAUGACCUGCCCGCUCUCCGCUCCCUCUCCCUCAGGUCGAACCGCCUGCAGAGCCUGGACAGGGUGACCUUUGAGCCACUGACCAGCCUGCAGCAGCUCCAAGUUGGGGAUAACCCCUGGGAAUGCGACUGCAAUCUCCGAGACUUCAAGCACUGGAUGGAGUGGUUCUCCUACCGAGGUGGGAAAAUCGACCAGCUGGCAUGUACCCUGCCCAAGGAGCUGAAAGGGAAGGAUAUGCGAAUGGUGCCCAUGGAGAUGUUUAACUACUGCUCACAGCUGGAUGAUGAGAACAGCUCUACUGUGCUGGACAAUACUGGCCCACCCUGCACAAAAGGAAGCCCAACUCCUUCCAAAUCUAAAUCAGGCCCAGAACCAGAAGUGGAGCCCAGUGUGGGAUGCCCUCAGAAACAAAGAUAUAGGCCUGUGAGCGUGCGCCGGGCUAUUGGCACUGUGAUCAUCGCAGGAGUGGUUUGUGGCAUUGUUUGCAUCAUGAUGGUGGUGGCAGCUGCUUACGGUUGCAUCUAUGCCUCCCUCAUGGCCAAGUAUCACCGGGAGCUGAAGAAGAGGCAGCCGCUGAUGGGUGACACAGAGGGGGAACAUGAAGAGCAAAAACAAAUCUCUUCUGUGGCAUGA